AUGGCGCCCCGACCCAAGACGUAUGGGACUCGGAGGUCCCAUGCAAAGCCAGCUGGUGACUUGGUGAACGAGACCACAGCGGACGAGCCCAAGCCUAAGCUGAGAAGGAUAGAUGUGAUAUCUGCUAGUAUGAGGACUGAUGAAGAGAAGGAUCUUGGAAAAGCACAAAAAGAAGAAAAGAAGGACGUACCAUCGCAAGGUCUGGGAAAGGAAGACAAGUCGGCUUCUGGCAUAGCACUGGGACAGCGUGCCGCUCCAUCACGUACACCAGAUAUCGAAGACAAGUCCACAACUGCAUCGCCGGCAUCAGGGUCUCUCAAAAAUAGGAGGAUGUCGGCUCAAGACAUGUUGGUCCCAGACACAUCAGUAAAGGAGCGUGGUUCGCGUUGCAAAAGCAUUAGAAAAUUGGUCAAUGGAUCAGCAACAUUGGAGAACGAGAACCUCAUCACCAACACGGGCUUCGAAUCCGUUCCAACAGAUCAUACCUCCCCUUCGCAUGCAAAAGCGAUUUUUCGUCCGAACGGCUUUACCGAUGACAAUCAACAGUCCUAUGCUGGCCAUGACCUUGACUUAACAGAUAAACCAAGUGAUAUAGGUGAUCUAGCCAUCUGGGUCGCGCAAUUAAUCCGCAAAAUCUCAGACAAGAGUCUUACAACAGCAGUAUCCGAGUCAGGGCAGAAAGAUUCUAACCCACAACCUGAACAUGAUAUAGAAAUGGUUGAUGCGCGAGACAAUGUAGAGGAUGUUCGCAUGACGAGAGGCAAAGAAAAAAAGAGAUUGCAACAAUUGAAGGCGAAAGAGCCUGCAAAUGACUUGAGCGGCAAAUUUGUUGCUGGAGUAGGAAAUUUAUUGAGGCCGAGAGAUGCAGCACCUAUAGAGAUGCAGUUGAAAGAUGACUUGAACGACGAGCUCAAACAAAGACUGUUUGGACCUUCAGUCUCGACAGACAUGUCAACUGGUGUUAUUGAGCGGAAUGCUUGCGGGAAGCUUCUGUUUAAUACCCUUGUUGAUAUUGGCGAUUCGGCUAACCGUAACUCUGCUGCGGUCCUGAAGUCGGCUCUUGAGGAAAGAAAAGAUGAUGCUCCAUUUCUUUCCGCUGUGAAACUGCUUGCAUCAUCAUCAGAAAUCAUGGCUUUCAUCAACUUUCUCUUCAGCAAAGAUGAUCCCCUUCAAUGGGAAGCCUCAAAUGCUGAUGAGUCUCGUCCAUCCACUGGGUUGGAAACCUCUGGGGCGACGACCGUUACCGAAACGUCUGAUCUCACAAGUCGUGCAGGCACCUCUAUAACUGACGCAGAGAAUUCGUUUAAGGCCACAACCAAAAACAAAGCAAUGGACAGCGAGAAACAUGAGAAACAAAAACGAUCACAAGAAGCCAUCCAAGCGCUCGAUGCGGCAACAACGAUUCUAGUCCAGAUCCAACAAGGUGAGGCUGGCAUGGACGUUGUUACACCCUAUGCCAGCGGCAGCAUGAUUUCAAAUCCUGUUGGCCAGCGCCAUAUGAAUACCUAUGGAACUGCAAAUGGUCCUCCAUAUUCUGACCAUCCCACCUAUGGAAUGGCGCACGGCCUUCCUGUGGGUGCGAAUCUUAACAACUAUGCUUCGCCUUAUGCCAUUCCUUUGGCUACCCAUCCGGAUAGCUAUGCCUCCCCCUACUCCAAUCCUGUGAACCAGCCUCCUGCAAAUUAUGCCUCACCAUAUGCCAAUUCUAUGGUCCCCAAUCAAGCCAGUGGAUCUGGAUCUGUCGGUAGCGGUGACAAUCGAGCCAACACGCAUGAUGGUCAUGAGACACCACAUGACAACAAGGAAGCUCAUACAGCACUCCAGGAUAUCAUCGGAGCUACGACCGAAGCCAAAAAAGAGAACGAUAAAGCUGCUGGCCAAGACAUCAGCAAUGAAGAGGAGGAUGCAAGCAACGCAAGUAAGGAAAAUGAUGGCCAAGGCGUCAGCAAUGAAAAAGAGGAGACAAGCAAAGCAUGCAACGAAGCUCCUGGCCAAGGCGUCAGUAAUAAAAAAGAAGAGGCGAGUAAUGUUGUUGACUUGGACGAAACCGACGUCGAUGAUGCCGACAAGCAGGGCAACAGCAGAGGAGAGGAUGAGACACGCAGCGAUGACGAUCUGACAGACGAUGACUUGACAGACGAUGACUUCAUGCCAGCAAAGACUGACAACCAAAAUAUCGUCCCCCCAGCUGAGAACCAUAAACUCUUUACCGGUGAACGCCUUGGAGAUUUUACCUCUAGGGAGAACAUUGAUUGGUUACUCGCCGUGGGCAAUGGUGGCAAGAUUCCAACACCAAACAAGAACACAAGAAUGAGUUCUCCUUCCAGAAGCUCAUCGUCUCAAACAGACGCUCAGGUCCAGACGGAGGUCAGCAGGAUCAUUGACCAAAUCAUGCUCUACAAAGAUUGGCGCGGUCACCCUGGUGGGACUACGAAGCAGCUCUUCUACGCAUCAGCAGAGGGGCAGCGACUGGCAGCAGAAUUGAGGCGUCUAAUGGCUAUUGCGAAGCCUGUGCUCAACACGAUCAUACCAUUGGCAGAGAGCCAAGCUAGACUGAGGUUCUACCAACAGCUUGAGAGCCAUGCAAUCAAGGAAAAGCGAGACCGUGAGAUUCAGGAAGGCAUCAACCGGUUUUACGGGGCUCCUGUUCAGAUGCGACCAUGGGGCCCUCCUCCUGCUGGGAUCCCUGUCGUUGGGUUCCCCAUCCCUCCAACAUUGCCUUCUAAUGGGCCCGUGCAGGUACCGUUCGUCCGACGUGGCAACGUCAUAACAGCACCACCGGGCGGAAGAAAUCCUGAAGAGGAGAAAAAAGCCGAGACCUAUGGCUAUCCACCUAUGCCAGGGUCGCGACCAGGGGACUCUCAUCGAGGACAAAAGAGGAAGACGGCGGCACGACACUAA